AUGGCAGCUGGUGUGGCUCACUGGGCUAGGGACAUUAGCAUGGUUGAUGAUGUUGAUGGUUUGAAUCUUGCAGCAUUUACAACUUUUGCAAGUGAGCUUUUGCAUUAUGUCAAAAAGAUUCAUUUUGUCAACAAUGCUGGUGGAGAAAUGUUUUUUGAUGAUAAUGGGGAUCCUCCCGCUGUCUUUGGUCUUGAAAACCAGAAAAUAUUACCAGAUGGUACCAUACAGUGUGUGCCUGUUGGCAGCAUUUCCCUGCACAGUGUACAGGACAGAGAGGUUAACAUUAAUGGCAGUGUGAUUAUGUGGAAAGGAGGAACCACACAGGCUCCUCGGUCAGUGUGCAGUGAACCCUGCCUUCUGGAUUCAGAAAAGCAGCUCGGUCAGGGCAGCCAGCUUGCUGCUAUGAUUGUGUUUUGUGCUCUGUGGGGGAAUUCACAAAUCAGACCGCAUUCAAAUUAUUUUAACGACUUUUUUUCAGAUGCUACUAACUGUGUGAAAUGCCCUGAUAAUCUCUGGGCAGAUGAUAAAAGGCAGAAGUGCAUUCCUAAAGUCAAAGAAUUCCUCACGUUUGCUGAUCCAUUGGGUGCUUCAUUAACUGGAAUAUCAGUGUCUGCAUCUGUCAUUACUGUAACUGUACUUUGUAUCUUUAUCAAGUUCCGGAACACUCCAAUAGUGAAAGCCAACAACCGUGAGCUCAGCUACAUCCUUCUAAGUGCUCUUGUUUUGUGUUUUAUGUGCUCACUGAUAUUCAUUGGUCAGCCCAUUAAAAUAAGCUGCAUCCUGCGUCAGACUACAUUUGGCAUUGUGUUUUCUAUCUGCAUUUCCUCCAUCUUAGCCAAAACAAUCAUUGUUGUCAUUGCCUUUACUACUACAAAGCCAACCAGCAAGAUGCAGAAGUUUGGAGGCCUUAGCUGGAUUCCUGGUUCCAUUAUUGUCUUUAGUUCUCUACUGCAGAUUAUUAUAUGUACAGUUUGGCUGUUCAUUGCUGCUCCCUUCCCAGAGAACAACAUGAAAUCCGAAACUGGGAAAAUUAUAAUAGAAUGCAAUGAAGGUUCUGCUGUUAUGUUCUACUGCAUGCUGGGAUAUUUGGGAUUACUGGCUGCUAUUUGCUUUGUAGUUGCAUUCUUGGCAAGAAAUCUGCCUGGUGGGUUUAAUGAGACUAAAUACAUUACUUUCAGCAUGCUUGCUUUUAUAAGUGUCUGGUUGUCCUUUAUCCCAGCCUAUCUAAGUACCAAAGGGAAAUACACAGUUGCUGUGGAGAUCUUUGCCAUAUUGGCUUCUAGUGCUGGAUUACUUAUUUGCAUAUUUAGCCAUAAGGUUUUUAUUAUCUUAGUGAGGCCAGACCUGAAUAAAAGGGAAAAGCUAGCAAGGAAAUGA